UUUUUUAAAUUCAAUUUUUUUUAAAGGCAAAUGCUAGUGGAAAUGUACUAAGAAGUGAAAUUGUUGGUUGUAUAAAGAUGCGUGUUUAUCUUUCUGGAAUGCCUGAAUUAAGAUUGGGACUUAAUGAUAAAGUAUUAUUUGAAAGUACAGGACGUGGUAAAAGCAAGUCUGUUGAGUUGGAAGACGUAAAAUUCCAUCAGUGUGUGCGUUUGUCACGUUUUGAGAAUGAUCGAACAAUUUCCUUUAUUCCACCAGAUGGCGAAUUUGAAUUAAUGUCUUAUCGUUUAAAUACACAUGUAAAACCGUUAAUAUGGAUUGAAUCUGUGAUUGAACGCCAUGCUCAUAGUAGAGUAGAAUACAUGAUUAAGGCCAAAAGCCAGUUUAAAAGACGAUCAACUGCUAAUAAUGUUGAGAUUGUUAUUCCUGUUCCACAUGAUGCAGAUUCACCGAAAUUCAAAACAACAGUUGGAAAUAUAAAAUAUGCACCUGAACAGAAUGCAAUUGUCUGGAGUAUAAAAUCUUUUCCGGUAAUAUUUUCAUUUACGUGGUAUAAAAUAUAUUAUCUUGUAUGUAUGCCAAGAUAAUAUGUUUUUUGUGUAUUUUUUGAUAGAUAUGUAUAUACAGUGGGUGAUCAGUUAACAAACGGUUAAUGGUUCAGAUAAUGAACACUUCGUGAAAGAUUUUGAUGAUCAGACAACGAACACUUUACUGAACAAACAUAAAAAGAAGCAACGGAAAAUAACGAAUAUCGAUUGAUUUUCCCUUGUCUUCGGGUAACAAUUCGAAACUUUUCGGAGUGCAGAUGUCAACAUCAAUGCUCAACCUGAUACCAAUCAGAUAGUAUUCCUCUGAAUUUUGAAACUCUCCUGUGUAAUUCCAGCUUUUUAUUUACCUUUCUAACAAAUAAUUUUUUAUAGUCUUCAUGAGACUAUUGGCCAGGCACUUUGUUAAGUUUUGCAUUGGUGUUUAUUUACAAAAGGUGAAAGUUUAACUGUCCCAUCAGAUAUUCAUUAAUGUUUUAAUACCAAAUU